AAAAAAAACAAAAAAAACCCUAACUCUCUCCGACCUGAGAGUUGUCUGCUCGUUUCUUCGCAAUGGCGGAUUCUCCUCGAGAAGAAAGAGAUUCACGAUCUCCUUCCCCCCGAAAACAACGGUCCCUUUCCAGAUCCAGGUCCAGGUCCAGAUCCAUGCCGAGGGCUAGGUCUAGGUCUAGGUCUAGGUCAAGAUCUUUGCCAAGGCCUAUAUCUCCAUCAAGGAGACGUGGAAGGUCUGAUAGGUCUGAAGUUGAGAACCCUGGUACUACUCUCUAUGUGACUGGCCUAUCCACAAGAGUCACUGACAAGGAUCUUGAAGCUCAUUUCUCCAAGGAAGGCAAGGUAGCUUCUUGCUUUCUUGUAAUUGAGCCGCGCACCCGUGAGUCUCGUGGUUUUGCCUUUGUUACUAUGGAUACCGUUAAAGACGCUGAACGUUGCAUCAAGUAUCUCAACCAAUCUGUACUUGAAGGCCGUUACAUCACUGUCGAAAGGUCCCGAAGAAAGCGUCCUAGAACUCCAACCCCAGGCCACUAUCUUGGCUUGAAAAGCUCCAGAGACGAUGACCGAGAUAGCCGUAGCAGUCGAGGGAGGCACUAUGAUCGUGAUGAUUAUGGACACCGUAGGUCACCAAGACGCGACUAUUCACCUCGUGGUGGUGGAAGGAGGUCACCAAGACGUGGCUAUUCACCUCGUGGUGGAAGAAGUUCCAGAAGAGAUCGGUCUUACUCUCCUUAUGGAAGAAGUCCAGAGAGAAGAUCCGAGAGAAGGUAUUAACCCCGUGGCUCGCUCGAGAUGACCUGUUUAGCUCUCUUGACUAAAACUUCAGUGUUGAUUUAGGUUGUGUGAUUGAUUGUCAUCUUUAAAGUUUUACAUUGAUUCUGUUUGAGGACAACUAUGGUUCUAUGUGUCUUUUAUGUUUUAUGUAUGCUGCAGAACAAAGUGAAACUUGCAAUGUAAUAGCUUAGCUAUGCUACUUUUGUUUUUGAGUGAAUCAGAAUCUCCUAUGUGAUCA